AUGUUUCGUUCACCUACCCGCAAUACCGCGAGUCGUGGAAGUGAUAACACUGUUGUUUGUGAUACUGUGCAAUGUAAGGAAUGCAAAUUAGUGGUAAAUGAACUAUUGGCUUUUGUGAGUAAUAAAAUAGAUACUUUACCAGAAACGGGUAUCAUACAAAUAUGUUUAAGUGCAUACAGUUUCGAUGAAAUCGAGUCUGCGCGAUUGAUAGCAUACAAAUUAUUAGCACCGACAAAAAAAUGCAUGCGGAGAAGAGAUGGCUCGGAACAAAAGGGCCUACAGGAUAUAAUAAAACUAAUAAAAGAAUACGAUCCGGAUUGCUUGCCUACAUUUGUGGCAAAAAAUCUUAACAAGCUACCACCAAUUACUUUUGAUCACAUAGAUGUGACUACAUUUUUAAAAGAAAUGUCAAUAUUAAAGAGUGAGGUAGCCAAUAUUAAGGCGACAUCUUUGAAUAGUGACAAGUUUACAUCGAAUUCUGAUUUUGAAUACUUGAAACAAGAAAUUGAACAAGUAAAACGUAUGUUGCAAUUUAACUUGCAAACCGAACAAAGUAGCUGUGAACGAUCUCAACGCAAUGAUAGCGACCCUAAAAAUCAAAAACAACAACAGAAUACCUCGCAAGAAUCUGUUUCUAAGAAAUCUGUUAAGGCUUCUAGUGUUCAUUUGUUUUCUCCAUGUGCGCCGGAUAAUAAAACCAAUGGCACUAUAUGUGUUGAGAGUACUCUGAGGGAUUCGUACUCCGAUCCAAGUGUGACCGCCAUGAAGGCAUUGGAUACCCCUACUAAUACACCAUCGUAUAGAGAUAUAACGGUGAAUACGAAAUUUAAAAAGCCAAGUUAUAUUUCCAAGCCCGAAAAUGACAACUUUGUUCUAGUGGAACAUAGAAAAAGAAAGAAGCUCGUUAACUCAAGUGGUACAGCUCAGAUUUCUACCAAGUUAAGAGUGGCGGAUUUAACAUCGGCAGUGUAUGUUUCUCGAGUAAAUAAAUCGACCUCGGCAGAUGACAUCCGGGAGUAUAUUAAAGACAUGGGUGAGGAGUGUGUGAAAGUGGAAUUAUUAACGCAAAAAAAUGAAACGCAAUUCACAUCUUAUAAAAUUAUUGUAAGUAAAAACAAGUUAGAUCGCUUCCUGAAACCGGACUUUUGGCCAGAGGGGAUCAAAUUUAGAAUUUAUCGAGACUUUAUACCGAAAGGUAAGGUAGAAAAACUAAAUAGUAAUAAGAAAUAUAAUGGAUCAUAA